CCUUCUUCUACUCUAAACGAUCCCUUGCUCUUUCUCCUUUCCAUUUCUCUCCGCCAUGGAAGCCAACAACCACAAGUUCACCAUCCCAUUAAACGACGACGUUGAGCAACAAACCACCACCCUCGAGCUCGAACCCAAAAAGGACAUGACCGACUACUCCAAAAGAUCACAAUGGCUUCGAGCUGCCGUUCUUGGAGCAAACGACGGAUUAGUCUCCACCGCAUCCUUGAUGAUGGGUGUCGGCGCCGUAAAAACAGACAUCAAAGCUAUGAUCUUAACUGGGUUCGCCGGUCUAGUCGCCGGAGCUUGCAGCAUGGCCAUCGGGGAGUUCGUCUCUGUUUACUCCCAGCUGGACAUCGAGCUGGCUCAGAUGAAAAGAGACAAACAGCAGCAACAACAAAGAGGAAUAACUACUAGUCCUUCAUCGGAAUCUGAAGAAGGAGAGAAAGAGUCGGAGAACUUGCCGAAUCCAUUACAGGCUGCGGCGGCGUCGGCGCUGGCGUUUUCAGCGGGUGCAAUCGUGCCAUUGUUGGCUGCUUCGUUUAUCAGAGAGUAUAAGGUGAGGGUUGGAGUUUUGGUUGCGGCGGUGACGUUGGCUUUGAUAGUAUUCGGAUGGCUAGGGGCGGUGCUGGGGAAGACGCCGGUAGUGAGGUCAUCGGUGAGGGUUUUGUUGGGAGGGUGGCUGGCCAUGGCUAUAACCUUUGGGUUGACGAAGUUGAUUGGGUCGAGUGGGCUCUGAGUUACGAUUCACUGAUCUCCUCUUGCUUAAUUUUGUUUUGUUUUGUUUUUUUUUUGGUGAGUCAUGUAAGUGUCAGCUUGUUCUGUGAAUUUUAAUGUCUUAUCUAUACAUAUAUAUACACGUACAGAUAUAGUAAUGAGAUGUGUGGAAGUGAUGGGUUGGAUUUGUCGUGUGUUAAGAAUAGAAAA